UGGGGAUUUUCACAUGUUGCUAUUUAUAGUCUGCGAUAGCCAUGGAAGAAAUAUCUCCCCCCUCUUCUCACCUACCUACCCGUUGGAUCUGCUUCCGAGGAGGGCGAUCGAUCGAUCUGAAGGUUAAACAUGGCUCUCUCGAGAAUAGGCCUUGCCGGUCUUGCUGUCAUGGGCCAAAACUUAGCCUUGAACAUUGCUGAAAAAGGAUUUCCUAUUUCUGUAUACAAUCGGACCUCCUCCAAAGUUGAUGAGACUGUCGAACGUGCUAAACUCGAGGGAAACCUCCCUGUUUAUGGUUUCCAUGAUCCUGCAAUCUUUAUCAACUCAAUCCAGAAGCCCCGCGUUGUCAUCAUGCUUGUGAAAGCUGGUGCACCAGUGGAUCAAACCAUAGCCACACUUUCGGCUCACAUGGAAGUGGGUGACUGCAUAAUUGAUGGAGGGAACGAGUGGUAUGAAAAUACUGAGAGACGCGAAAAGGCAAUGGCCGAAAUUGGUUUCCUCUAUCUUGGAAUGGGAGUCUCAGGUGGCGAGGAGGGUGCUCGUAAUGGUCCUUCAUUGAUGCCUGGAGGAUCGUAUGAAGCUUACAAGAACAUAGAAGAUAUUCUUCUUAAGGUAGCUGCUCAGGUGCCUGACAGUGGUCCCUGUGUUACAUACAUUGGCAAAGGCGGUUCUGGUAAUUUUGUAAAGAUGAUCCACAAUGGGAUCGAGUAUGGGGACAUGCAACUGAUUGCUGAAGCUUACGAUGUAUUGAAAUCCGUGGGGAAGCUUACAAAUGAAGAGUUGCAUCAGGUUUUCUCAGAAUGGAACAAGGGUGAGCUCCUCAGUUUCUUGAUUGAGAUCACAGCUGAUAUUUUUGGGGUGAAGGAUGAUAAGGGUGAUGGUUAUCUCGUCGACAAGGUCUUAGACAAGACCGGAAUGAAAGGUACUGGCAAGUGGACUGUGCAACAAGCAGCAGAACUAUCAGUGGCCGCCCCAACUAUUGCGGCAUCUCUCGAUUCCAGGUUCCUAAGCGGACUGAAAGAAGAAAGAGUUGCAGCUGCUAAAGUUUUCCAUUCUGGUGGAUUCGAUGGUGUCUUCGACAGUGAGCCAGUUGACAAGAAGAAGUUAAUCGAUGAUGUGAGGCAAGCGCUUUAUGCCUCAAAAAUCUGUAGCUAUGCACAAGGCAUGAACCUGAUAAGAGCAAAGAGCAUUGAGAAAGGGUGGGAUCUUAAGUUGGGCGAGCUAGCUAGAAUAUGGAAAGGUGGGUGCAUUAUCCGUGCAAUCUUCUUGGACCGGAUCAAGAAGGCAUACGAUAGGAACCCCGAGCUAUACAACCUGCUAGUGGAUCCUGAGUUUGCCAAAGAGAUACUGGAUCGCCAAUCUGCUUGGCGCCGAGUCGUUUGUCUUGCUAUCAACUCUGGCAUCAGCACUCCUGGGAUGUCGGCUAGUUUAGCUUACUUCGACACUUACAGGAGGGAAAGUGUUCCUGCCAAUUUGGUCCAAGCCCAGAGAGAUUACUUUGGAGCUCACACAUACGAGAGGACUGACAUUCCUGGGGCUUUCCAUACUGAGUGGUUCAAGAUCGCGAAGCAGUCCAAGAUCUGAACACACGCAUAAUCUGCCUGUGUUUUUCUCAAGAACCGCAUGUUAGUAGCAUCAGACUUUCGGUUUUAAAAGCUUUUGAUCGAGUGAAUAAUGUCCAAUAGAUGGACCAGAUUAUUGAUUUAGCUAUCUAAUUGUCUGAGAAUGCUGUUUCAGUGGAUUCAUUUGAAGCCAAUUUGCGUUCGUAUUAUGGAUUAAGGUUUGGGGUAUUAUGUUAUUGCUUGUUAAACCUGAUAUUUCAGUGCUUAUUAGUAAUGAAUUUUGCUUUCUGUCA